GGCUGGGCAGCCGCCAUGCUGCUCUUCUGCCCGGGUUGCGGGAACGGGCUGAUCGUGGAGGAGGGGCAGCGCUGUCACCGCUUCGCCUGCAAUACCUGCCCCUACGUGCACAACGUCACCCGCAAGGUAACAAGUCGGAAGUACCCGAAGCUGAAGGAAGUGGAUGAUGUGCUUGGUGGAGCAGCUGCCUGGGAGAAUGUCGACUCUACUGCAGAGCCAUGUCCCAAAUGUGAGCAUCCUCGUGCCUAUUUCAUGCAGCUUCAGACCCGCUCUGCAGACGAGCCAAUGACCACCUUCUACAAGUGCUGCAAUGCUCAGUGUGGACACCGCUGGAGGGACUAGGGCCAAACUGGUCCAGCUGCAUCAGUGUCUGCUUACCCUGUUGCAGGGUGGAUUCCUAUCCAAGAGUGUGAACUGCGUGUCCUGAGGGUCUUUGCUGGUGUGGGGGAAAGCUACCCCUUUCAGGAUGGCUGGCCAGGAUGUCAGGAGAUGCAGCCCGUCUGCCAGGCAGGAAAUGAGCUCAGUAACGUCCAGGCAGAUUCUGUGUGUGGGGAGGCGUGACCCUAACCAAGUGCACUCUGUUUAGGGUCCUGUUCUUUCAUCCUUUGUAUUUAUUUGACAAUUGACAUUCUCUUACUAUCAACUGACACUCUUAAUUAAAUGUUUACAUUGUUUUCACAGCUCAUAAAGUAAAACUUAUUAAUUUAGUUCCUUAGAUGUCGCUAAAUAUUUAACUGUUAAUUGCAAACUUGUUUAAUCAAAAUUUAUUCUGAAUAUUCAAUUAAAAUGAAAAGUCUUCUCAGUGUUUUAAAUGCCUUAAAAAGUAGACAUCAAACCCCAAAUCAGGAUUCCAAAAUUGGUUACUCAGGGCUAAACUGGUUACAAAAUUGCUAAUCACGUGAAUUUCAAUUUAUUUAUUAUAUCUAUUCUUGCUUCCUAGGAUUGCAAUAAAUUUUUUAGAUACUGUGUUUUUAAACUUUA